AUGAGUUUUAUAUAUCCACUUCCGACUACCGGAACCAUUUCAUUUUCUGAUUUUUUGUUAGACGAGGACCAUUUAUACCUAAAUGAAAUUUCCGAAGCAACCGCUCAGAGAGGUCGUGUUCGUGCCGUUUUGAAGGAGGCCAAUAAAGCUGAAGGACCGAAAGAUUACACAAAGGUUAUGAAGCAGACUGUCGAUGAUUAUUUGCCAUAUUUGCUUGGUAUUGUUGAUUGUCUAGAAGGAGGCCAACUGAAAUUGAAAAAAGAAUUUGAGACAUCAUGGCGUUGUACACUUAGCGAUUCAGUUCUUAAAAAGAAACGAGUACCACAGAAUGAUGAAAUUGAUAUUAAAUUGAAACAGGCGGCGGAUAUAUUACGUAGAGCUUCAGGUGUUUUCACAUAUAUUUCUGAGAAAGUGUGUCCUAGAUGGAUUAAACCACCACCGUCUAGACCCCCGGAUGUUUUAGCAGAAAUAUCAGCAUCAACAUCAAAGAUUGCUUUCGCUGAUGCAUCAUCAAUUGCUAUUCGCAAAGCCCUUAUGCAGCAAACAUCAUCAUCUUUACUUGCAAAAUUGGCUAUUGGUGUUGCAGGAAAUUAUGAAAUGGCAAAUGGACUCAUUAAAAGUCUAAAAGAUUCGACAAAAUCACUUGGAAUGAAAUUCUUGGCAAAAGACGCUUACGACCAUCAACAAAACGGAACAGCCGUUGGAUUUAUCACAGAAGCGAGAGAAGUAUUACAUCUUUUAACUAAAUGUAAAUCUCCCAUGAUCGCAGCGCGUGCGGCGCAAGAGUACUCAGAAGUAAAUGAACUCUAUAAUAGUUAUGUUGGAAUAAAUGAUACGUUAUUGGUAGAAGAAUUUCUUUAUAUUGAAUUGAAAGAUUUUAAAAUUAAAGCUUUCAACACAAAUCCACAAAUAAUUGUUCCAAGCAAAGCAGAUCUUCAGGCUUUAAUUCCUGGAGGUCGUAUGGUUUUGGAUUUGGCAAAUUUUACACCACCAGCGCCAGCUUUUGGGCCUGGGGUCAACAGAACGAGUAGGUCAGAAUCAGGAUAUAUAUUGGAAAAUCAAUAUUAUUAG